GGCGCGGCGCGGUGACGCGGCGGCGGGGACCCCGCGCGCGCUGGUGCGGGCCAGGGCGCCCCGGGGACGCGGCCAUGGAGGGCGCGGGAGCAGCCGGCCCGGGGCCCGAGCGCGCGCGCGAGGAGCCUGAGGAGCCCGAGGAGCCCGAGGAGCCCGGGGAGCCCGGGGAGCCCGAGGCCUUCUCCCGGCUCUGGGCCGACGUGAUGGGCAUCCUGGACGGCUCCCUGGGGAACAUCGACGACCUGGCGCAGCAGUACGCAGAUUAUUACAACACCUGCUUCUCCGACGUGUGCGAGAGGAUGGAGGAGCUGCGGAAACGGCGGGUGUCCCAGGACCUGGAUGUGGAGAAACCUGAUGCCAGCCCCGCGUCACUUCAGCUGCGGUCUCAGAUCGAAGAGUCACUUGGCUUCUCCAGCGCCGUGUCAACACCAGAAGUGGAAAGAAAGAACCCUCUUCAUAAGUCAAACUCGGAAGACGGCUCUGUAGGAAAAGGAGAUUGGAAGAAGAAAAAUAAGUACUUCUGGCAGAACUUCCGAAAGAACCAGAAAGGAAUAAUGAGACAGACUUCAAAAGGAGAAGAUGUGGGUUAUGUUGCAAGCGAGAUAACCAUGAGUGAUGAGGAACGGAUUCAGCUGAUGAUGAUGGUCAAGGAGAAGAUGAUCACCAUUGAAGAAGCUCUCGCUAGGCUCAAGGAGUAUGAGGCCCAGCACCGGCAGUCAGCCGCCCUGGACCCUGCGGACUGGCCAGAUGGCUCUUACCCCGCAUUCGAUGCCUCAUCAAACUGCAACUCAAGAGAACAAUCGGAUGAUGAAACCGAGGAGUCAGUGAAGUUUAAGAGGUUACACAAGCUGGUAAACUCCACUCGCAGAGUGAGAAAGAAACUCAUCAGGGUGGAAGAAAUGAAAAAACCCAGCACUGAAGGCGGGGAGGAACCUGUGUUUGAGAAUGCCCCAGUCCUGGAUGAGCGGUCCGCCCUUUACUCUGGAGUGCACAAGAAGCCAUUUUUCUUUGAUGGCUCGCCUGAGAAACCUCCAGAAGAUGAUUCAGACUCUCUCACCACGUCUCCAUCAUCUACCAGCCUGGAUACCUGGGGAGCUGGCAGGAAGUUGGUCAAAACCUUCAGCAAAGGAGAAAGUCGGGGCCUGAUCAAGCCCCCCAAGAAGAUGGGGACAUUCUUCUCUUAUCCAGAAGAAGAAAAGACCCAGAAGGUUUCCCGCUCGCUCACUGAGGGGGAGAUGAAGAAGAGUCUGGGGUCUCUGAGCCACGGGAGAACCUGCAGUUUUGGAGGGUUUGACUUGACAAAUCGUUCUCUGCACAUUGGCAGCAAUAAUUCUGACCCAGUGGGUAAAGAAGGAGAUUUUGUGUACAAAGAAGUAAUCAAAUCACCCACUGCCUCCCGCAUCUCUCUUGGAAAAAAGGUGAAAUCGGUUAAAGAGACAAUGAAGAGGAGAAUGUCUAAAAAAUACAGCAGCUCUGUCUCUGAACAGGACUCGGCCCUCGACGGGAUGCCUGGCUCCCCUCCGUCUUCACAGCCUGACAGUGAACAUGUGGACAAGCCUAAGCUCAAAGCCGGAGGGUCUGUGGAGAGUCUUCGGAGUUCCCUGAGCGGGCAGAGCUCAAUGAGUGGUCAAACUGUAAGCACCACCGACUCCUCGACCAGCAACCGGGAGAGUGUCAAGUCAGAAGACGGUGAUGACGAGGAGCCCCCCUACCGGGGCCCCUUCUGCGGGCGUGCCAGGGUGCACACUGACUUCACGCCCAGUCCCUAUGACACAGACUCGCUCAAACUCAAGAAAGGAGACAUCAUCGAUAUCAUCAGCAAACCGCCCAUGGGCACCUGGAUGGGCCUCUUGAACAACAAGGUGGGCACAUUCAAGUUCAUCUACGUGGAUGUGCUAAACGAGGAGGAGGAGAAGCCAAAGCGCCCCACCAGGAGGAGGAGAAAGGGAAGACCACCCCAGCCCAAGUCCGUGGAGGACCUCCUUGAUCGGAUUAACCUGAAAGAGCACAUGCCCACUUUCCUGUUCAAUGGCUAUGAAGAUUUGGACACCUUUAAGCUCCUGGAGGAAGAGGACUUGGAUGAGUUAAACAUCAGGGACCCGGAACACAGAGCUGUUCUCUUGACAGCGGUGGAGCUGCUUCAGGAAUAUGACAGUAACAGCGACCAGUCCGGAUCCCAGGAGAAGCUGCUGGUUGACAGCCAGGGCCUGAGCGGAUGCUCUCCGCGGGACUCAGGGUGCUACGAGAGCAGUGAGAACCUGGAAAAUGGCAAGACUCGGAAAACCGGCCUUCUCUCUGCCAAGUCAUCAACCGAGUCCAGCUUGAAGUCUUUCAGCAGGAAUCAGCUGGGCAACUACCCAACCUUGCCUCUAGUGAAGUCAGUGGACGCCCUGAAGCAGCGAGAGGACGGCAGGCUGGGCAGUGGUCUCACCCCCCACCCUUCCAAGCGCUGUGACCAGCCUUGUGUGACGGCUUUGAAUAAAAACCGGAGAAGCCUCCCUGUUUCCAUCUGUCGGAGCUUUGAGACCCUGGAGGGCCCCCAGACCGUGGAGACCUGGCCCCGAUCCCAUUCACUGGAUGACCUGCAGGGAGAGCCUGAUGCUGACAGAGACGUGCCUGGCGAGGUGACAGAACCCUGCCCUCAGAUUGCACCGGAAGUGCCACAAAAGACAACCUCCUCCAUCACAAAGGUUCCCAGCCCUGAACGAGACUCUGCUGUGGACAAUGCAUUGCUGCUGACCCAAAGCAAGAGAUUUUCUGAACCUCAGAAAGUGACUACUAAGAAACUAGAGGGCUCCGUAGCAGCCUCUUCACGUGCCACAUCGCCUCCUCCGUGCUUGCCCAAAAGCUGUGAUGCUCACCCUCCCGGGGUUAAAAACAGUUUAUCAAGGACGCUUCUUGAGGGUCACAGAAAGGGACUGGAGUUUGAAGGGAGCUGUCACACCCCGGGCACCAAGGAGGGCGCAGGUGCUGAGCAGAGGGGCCCUGAGACAAGGACACAGGUGAGAAAUCCCGCACAGCCUCCACCUGUUCCUGCCAAGAAGAGCAGAGAGCGCCUCGCCAACGGCCCCCACCCUGUCCCUCCUGGCCCCGAGGCUCCAUGCCUGCCGCUGAAAAAGGGCGGCCCCAGCGGCCCCAGCGACUGUCACUCCCCUCGGGCUUCUAGGCCUGCCCCAGGGCAGGAGCCUGGCAGCCCCCCGAGUGCGAGGCCGCCGCCCUGGCUCUCAGAGCUCCCGGAGAGCACGAGCCUCCAGGAGCACGGCGUGAAGCUGGGCCCGGCUCUGUCCAGGAAGAUCUCCUGUUCUCGGGGAGUCGAUCUGGAAAUGCUCACCGAAGACAAGCUGCGAAACGAAGGCAUCGAUCUCACCGAGGAGCCGUAUUCUGAUAAGCAUGGCCGCUGUGGGAUCCCUGAGGCCCUGGUGCAGAGAUACGCAGAAGACUUAGACCAGCCCGAGAGGGACGUGGCCGCCCACAUGGACCAGAUCCGCGUGAAGCUGCUUCGGAAGCAGCACCGCAUGGCGAUCCCAAGUGGUGGACUCACGGAAAUCUGUAGGAAGCCCCUCUCUCCCGGGUGCGUCUCGUCCAUGUCGGAUUGGCUGGUUUCCAUCGGGCUGCCCAUGUACACCAGCACCCUCACUGAGGCGGGGUUCAGCACACUGGGCCAAGUGCCUUCUCUGUCCCACACGUGCCUUCAGGAGGCCGGCAUCACAGAGGAGAGACACAUAAGCAAGCUUGUGUCCGCGGCCAGACUCUUCAAACUGCCACCAGGCCCCGAGGCCAUGUAGCCAGACCCACAGUGGACCUGCCUGGACAAGGGCCACCCUUUCACUGUGCUUGCGAUGCGGAUGCAAUUCCUCCUCCUCUGGACAGGCAGACCAGAUCCAGGAGAAAGGCCCAGUGUGUGGCCAAACGGCGUGAAACCUUGGCACGGGACCAGUGACCCUCGCUUCUCCAGAAAAGCCCCCUCGAGGAAAUUGGUGUGGUUCUCUCUGACCCCCAAAGAAAAGACAAGCACUUAUUUUUAUUUCCAGAACAUGAAAGAACCAAGAAGCGAACCUGUCACAAGUGCUGUGGCUCCAGUCUGUCGUGAUGCGCUGGGAGAGGGCUGGGAGCAGAGGGAGGGGCAGCCUGACCCAUUUCUCACGAUGUCCUUACCCUUCUGUCACCCUGCAGGAUCCCUGGGGGCCAGACGGGCUUUAGCUGGGCCAAAGUAACAGACUAGGGAGUUCUUGUACCCUAUUGACCAUGCUCAUUUGUUCAACAGUAAGAAACCCUGGCUGCACGAGAAAACAGAAGUCCUAUUCUCCUUUAGAUAAAUGAGAGACAUUUUAAUAAUUGCUUCCUAGCAAUCAGCUUUUAUUUGCCUUAAUAUAAGCUUUUAAGCAGUUAUCUAACUAGUGUUCACUGCCCUGUAACCAUCAUUCCAAAUCUUUAGCUUAGACUGCCACCUAACAUAUCUGGGAUGUUUUCAGCAAAAAUGGGCUUUUCUAGUUGUCUCGUUCUAACAUGGCUUAUUUUGUAGGGGUGUUUAUCAGGCAAAUUUCAUGUUGGCUUUCAGUUUUUAAACUAACCACAAAUCCAGUAAAAAGCUAUCUGAAAUUCACAAAGAUAUCGUGUGUGUGUGUGUGUGUGUGUGUGUGUGUGUGUGUGUUUACAGUCACUUUCUUUCAUUUUAAUCAGUUUAGUAUUAGUUCCAUGGUGGUCACUGUGCUGCGGUAUUGACUGGGAAUCUUGACCGUGUCCAUUCCAAAAAUUCAGUCGUCGGCUAACAGAUCCCCUUUGCAAAAAGUCAUUGUAAGGUUGAAUAUUGCAGAAAGACGUUUUUAAAAAGGGAAGUCGUUUAUAAAAUGUUUUAAAGGUUUUUUUUUUCCAAUUUUAUAAUUAAGAUAUUGUUUUCCUUCUUUUCUUGUUUAGAUAACCCUUUUAAUUCAAAUAAAGGUUCAUUUGGAGCCAAACCACAUUAGCCAUGCAUUAACGAGUUGUAUAUUUUCCAUUGUUUUCCAACUGAUUUCAGCAUGUUUUCUCCUCUUUUAGUGUGUGAUUUUCUAGCAAACAGAAAUUUAGAUAACUAAACAAUUAAGAAUUCCAUUGCUUACAAAAUGAUUUUCCUUUUCAUUCUUAUCAUGAGCACUAUUUUAAGCAUUGGAUACGAUCAUUUACAAUAGAAAUGCUUUGAACACAAAGCCUUGAUUAAAAGUUCUGUACUAUUUCAUCUACUCACUAAAACAAAUAAUUUCCCUCAGGAAAAAAAAAAAAAAGAUCUCAUUAGUUACAAAGCCAUUUUAGCGUUUGCUUUAUAUACCUGGAUCCACGUUUCUGAGGACAAGGAUAUUCUCAGGUGAUAUAUCUUUUCAUGCGUUGGUAGGCAUUUUUUAAGAUAAUAUAUGUUUCUUCAAUAAUAUUCACCUUCUACAAGAUGCCAUGUGAAGAAGCUGUGGCAAUGUAGAAUAAAAAACUGAAGCCGCCAAAUUUCUAUUGAACUCUUAAAAACAGCCCGUUUUUGUUAUCUCAGCUUCUGACAUUCCUAUGAGCAUAGCAGCCCCUUUGGACUGUAACGAGGCUGCAGGGUUCUCCUAUAACUGCAUCGCUGACGCGUGUUUCGAGGGCUGUGGUAAGGUGGGUACGGUAAAUUGGGCUGCUCGUCCUCCUCUGUGGUCCCUCAGCAUCACAUCCUGAGAGCCCCUGCCCACGGUUUAAGCUGAGCAGAAAGACCACCCCAGAGUCGUGUAAUAGGAAACAGAGGAGAAGAGGAAUCUUCUGUGAAUUUCCAAGCGUUAGUUCAUUUUCACUAUAAGAUUUUCAUUUCGGUAACAGUGGCACCUUUAGAAAAGGGGAUUUUCUGAGUUUGAGUGUUUUGAGAAUGCCAAACCGUAUUUUUGUCAGUCUUCUUUGGGAAUCGUUGCCUUCUCGUAGAAAAAGCAAAUUCAGGGACCAUGAGUAGUUUUCCGUGGGAAGGUCUCCCUCAUCCGAGGGGUCUGGGGUUGUUUUUGCUUUAUCGUGCUUUUCUUUAAUCUUUUUUUUGUUUUUAUUUUUAGUAUUUGUUUGGUCUUCUUUUGCUUUAAACUUUUAGUUGAUCCUAGAAAAACCUGAAUGUUUGUGUGACAUUUGACUGAGAUGGUUCGGGGCUGUCUCGGGAUGCUGGAAGUCAGACACGUGGGAGGCUUCGGCAACAACCAGUUUGAAUCAGUUGCACUUGGCACAGAAUGUCGAGGAAUGGUGAAAAUUGUUGUCUUUGGAAAGCACAAAAGAAACCUGCAAGGCAGUUUGGCUCAGGUAUCUGCACACCUGUUGUGUGUAAUUUUUACUUUGAAGCUGUCUACAAGGCAAUGCAGCCAGCCCCAACCACUAUUGACAUUCCCAGAUAACCAAGAAGUAGGUAGAUAUUUCACGACCUUUCCUUAGUCAGAGGCCUUUCCUUUUCUCUGUCCUGAACCCGGGUAUAGGUGAAAUUGGAAAUUACUAGUCUGUUGGAAAUCAGUUUCUGACAUAGCAAAGUUUGCUUUCAGAAUUACAGCAAAAGAAGUCAAUUCACCAAGUCAAUGCUGCCUGUGUGUACUGUAUUAUUUUCAGAAAAAAAUAAAAUAUAUAGUAGCCUGAGUCCAAGUUAUCUUGAUUUUAAAUUGAUAGAGAAAACAAGAAACUGUCAAGCAAGUUAUAUAACAACUAACAACAUUGCACUUUCUGUAUAUGAAAUCAGUAUUUAAAUAACUUAUUUUUCUCCAUUGCUGUUCUUAAACAUUGUAAGUAUCUGUAAUAUACCAGUACCAAUAUGUUCUUGCGAUUGCUUCAGCCCAAGAAAGCUGUGUAUUGUUUUAAAAAUUGUAAAAAUUAUUGUGAUGAUUCAUUUAGCAAAAAGGUAGACAGAAGGGUUUUCCUGUGUAUCAAAACUUGUCUAUAAUUAUGUCAUCUAUGUACCUAGAAAAAAAAAGUAAAUAAAUUUCUUCAGUUGAAAAUGC